AUGGAGGGAUGGAGAGAGGCAGGGAGGGAGGAAGGGAGAGAGAGAGAAAGAGAGAGAGAGAGAGGAAGGGAGGGCGGUAGGGAGGCAGGGUGGCAGGGCGGCAGGGAGGGAGAGAGAGAGAAAGAGGUACUGAGGGAGAAAGGGAGGGAGGCAGAGGGAAAGAGAGGGAGAGGGAUAGAGAAAAAGAGAGAGAGAGAGAAAGAGAGAGGGAGAGAGGGAUGUAGGGAUGGAGAGAGACAGGGAGGGAGGAAGGGAGAGAGAGACAAAGAGAGAGAGAGAGAGAGAGAGAGGGAUGGAGGGAGGCAGGCAGGGCGGCAGGGAGGGAGAGAGAGAAUGAGGUACUGA